AGGAGGCUCAAGUUAGGGCAGUCAUCAGCUUUCGUUUCAUCCAAAAGCAACCAUCUCUACACUGGAGAUUGGAGCUCCAAGGAGGAAGAUCCAGGUCCUUUCGCUCUCUGCAUCUUCUCAGAAGGUCAAGCCGACAAAGCUCGACAACCCUCCAUCCUACAGCCGCGGACAUGGCGACCGACGGGAAGCAGCAAACCACGCAGCAGAGGUACGCGGUGGUGACGGGAGCGAACAAGGGGAUAGGGCUGGAGACGGUGAGGCAGCUGGCGUCGCGCGGGGUGACGGUGGUCCUGACGGCGAGGGACGAGGGGCGGGGGACGGCGGCGGCGGAGAAGCUCCUCCGCGAGGACGGGCUGGCGAAUGUGGUGUUCCACCAGCUCGACGUGCUGGACCAGGGGAGCAUCGACGCGCUGGCCGAUUUCAUCAGGGACCAAUUCGGACGGCUCGAUAUUCUGGUGAAUAAUGCAGGAGCAUCAGGAGUCAUGGUUGAUGAAGAAGGCCUGAGGGCAUUGAACAUAGAGCCUGCCUCCUGGCUCUCAGGCAAAGUGGCCAACUUGGUCCAGGGAGUGAUAAAGCAUACCUACGAGAGCGCACAACUCUGCUUGAACACGAAUUACUACGGUUGCAAGAGGGUGGUAGAAGCACUCCUCCCACUCCUACAGCUCUCACCUUCUGGUGCAAGAAUCGUCAAUGUCUCUUCCCUCAGGAGUGAGCUCAGGAGAAUUCCGAGCGAGAAAACGAGGAAGGAACUGGGCGACCUGGACACCCUGACUGAGGAGAAGAUCGACACGGUCAUAAAAAGAUUUUUGCAUGAUGUGGAGGAGAAUUCUCUUGAGGCAAACGGGUGGUCGAUCAUGCUUCCGGCGUACAGCGUCUCGAAGGCCACUUUGAAUGCUUACACCCGAGUUCUCGCCAAGAAGUACCCUAACAUGUGCAUAAAUUGCGUCCAUCCCGGCUACGUCAACACCGACUUGAACUGGCACACAGGGACCAUGACCGUGGAAGAAGGGGCGAGAGGUCCAGUCAAGUUGGCGCUUCUGCCAGAGGGAAGUCCCACCGGCUGUUAUUUCGAUCAAACUGAAAUAGCUGAGUUUUGAAGAGUCGAGCUCUUCUUUCACCAUUGCUGCCAGAGCUGCUUUUCGCACUUCCUUUUCCGGCUGUUGCUUCACAGAUGACUAGUGAAACAUAAUGCCCACUUUUUUCCCUAUUAAUUACGGGCAAAUAAUGGGUGCAGGAUUCUGGUUUUCCAUUUCAGCUCACCUUCUUGAGAUGAGACAUUUUCUUGAUCUUAAUGCAAGCUAUGCAUACCUCUCUCCUACAACCAUAUGAAUAAACGGAAGAAUCCACUAUCAA